UGCUAUUCGGUGUGAUAGGAAGGAGGAGGGGCAGCGGGAGUGUGCUGUGUUCUCUCGAGUCUUGUUCAGCCAUGUUAGAUUUUUCUGCUUUUCACCAACGAUGAACGCGGAGCCAUGGCCUUGUCAUUGAGUGGAGACGAUGAGGAAUAUGAUUCAGACUCCGAACAGCAGCGUGCAGCCAAUCGUCCAAAGCCCAAGAUGGCAACACCUUCGGCUGUUAAACUACCAUCCAGUCGUAGCUCAUCAGGAGCCAGACGGAGGAGAACACGCUGCCGAAAGUGCGAGGCGUGCAUGCGGACAGAGUGUGGGGAGUGUCACUUUUGCAAGGACAUGAAGAAGUUUGGUGGUCCAGGCCGCAUGAAACAGUCUUGCAUUAUGAGGCAGUGCAUAGCACCUGUUUUGCCCCACACAGCUGUAUGCGUGGUGUGUAAGGAGGCUGGGAAGGAGGAUACACUGGAGGAAGAGGAAGACAAAUUCAACUUCAUGUUAAUGGAAUGUUCUAUCUGCAACGAAAUUGUCCAUCCCAACUGCCUCAAGGUGAGUGACGCUUCUGGCGUGGUGAACGACGAGCUGCCAAACUGCUGGGAAUGCCCUAAGUGCAACCAUGCUGGAAAGAGUGGAAAAGUAUUAAAGCAAAAAAGGGGUCCAGGGUUCAAGUACGCCUCCAACCUCCCUGGCUCUCUGCUGAGGGAACAGAAGUCUAUGAAGGAGGAGGGGGACACAUCUUCUUCAGUCAAGAGAAGACCUGACAGAGAGGAGACACCCAGGCAUCGACCCGAGGAGGCUCUUCACCGGCCGCCACCCAUGUUGUCCCCUGGUAGCGUUCCCCGACCCCGGCUCGAGGAUAAGCUGAGGAAGAAGAGGAAGCUCUUUGAUGAGGAGGAGGAAGAUGAUUUCAGAGGAAAGAAGCAGGAAAGAUCCGAAGAACCUUGUUUUUCAAAAAUAUUGCAGCAAAUUAAGAUGGAAGAGGAUGAUGCAUAUGAGGACGAUGAUGAUGAUGGAAGGGAGCUUCAUUUCCGGGGUUUUGUAGAGCGAAAUGGCCGUUUGGGUGGAGCGGAGGACCUGGCAGAUGACAGAGACUAUAAGAGUGAUCUUUUGAAUUCUUCCCUCAAAAUGCCUGUUGUGGACAGCGACCACUCCCACUGCAGCUCUCCGCAAGCCGGCCCAAGCAGCGAAGGCGGGAGCGAGACCCAGGAAAAAGGCCCUCGACCCAAAACUCGGCGCAAAAGGCGUUUACCUAACAAGGAGCUAAGCAGAGAGCUCAGCAAAGCACUGAACCAGGAAAUUCAGAAAACCGAGGACUGCCUGGCCAAUGAAAACCGCCAGCCUCUUAAGGUGGAGCCAGAGUCUGAAAACGAAGAACCCAAGAGGUUGUUCCACAACAGCAAUGACAUUGGCGAGCAGAGGCCCCACCUUAAGACCAAGGAGAUGAAUGGCACCCCCUGGGAACUGCGCCACUUCUACCCGAGUCAGAUCACUCCGCUGGGCUUCAACAGGAGCACACCAACCACCCGCCCGGUGCCUCCGCGCUCGCCGCCCAAGUGUGUCCAAAUGGAACGCCACGUCAUUAGGCCCCCGCCAAUAAGCCCGCCGCCCGAUAGACUACCUCUUAAAGAUGGCAAAAUGCAUGUCCUCCAGCGUGAGGUCUGGAUGAAGAUAUUCAACCACCUCACGCAUCAGGAACUAUGCUCCUGCAUGAGAGUGUCCAAGACCUGGAACAGAUGGUGCUGCGAUAAAAGACUCUGGACAAAGAUCGACCUGAACCGCUGCACGUCCAUCACGCCACUCAUGCUGAGCGGAAUCAUUCGGCGACAGCCACUCUCUCUGGACCUCAGCUGGACCAACAUUUCCAAGAAACAAUUAAGCUGGCUGAUUAACAGAUUGCCAGGUCUGCGAGUGUUAAAGCUAUCGGGGUGUUCGUGGGCGGCUGUAUCUGCACUCUGCACCUCCAGCUGCCCACUACUACGAACGCUGGACGUCCAGUGGGUGGAAGGGCUCAAGGACGCACAGAUGAGAGAUCUCCUGUCACCUCCCACAGACAACAGGCCGGGUCAACUGGAUAACCGCUGCAAAUUGCGAAAUGUGGAGGAUCUACGUCUGGCAGGCCUGGACAUCACUGACACAUCCCUACGGCUCAUCAUUCGCCAGAUGCCUCUGCUUUCCCGGCUGGACCUGAGCUACUGUAACCACGUCAACGACCAGUCAGUCAACCUGCUAACAGCGGCGGGGACCACCACUCGAGACUCACUCACAGAAAUCAACUUGUCAGUUUGUAACCGGGUCACCGAUCAUUCCCUGAACUUUUUCAAGCGUUGCGGGAGCAUCUGCCAGAUUGACCUUCGCUUCUGCAAGCAGGUGACCAAGGCGGGCUGCGAGAGGUUCCUCGCUGAAAUGUCUGUGAGCGUCCCGUUUAGACUGAAGGAAGAUAAAUUGCUGCAGAAGACCAGCUAGUUCAUAAGAAUCAAAUAGAUAGAAUGACAAUUUGCACUUAAUUGGGAUGUUUUUCUUUUUAUACUGGGCCUGCAGUAGAUCUCUUAAACCAGGGGUCCCCACCCGCUGGUCCGCGGACCGAUACCGGUCCGCAGGGCAUUUGGUACCGGACUGCACAGAAAGAACUUGCCUUAAUUCCGUUUUAUUUCGGAAUACGAAAAAUGUUUUAUUUUAAAAAAUUAUCGGAUUCUCCAUUACAUCUUCUGUGUCACGCUUGACUCACGUCGAACCACGCUUCUCCGUUACGUGACCGAUUACGCUAAAAACAAAACGUUGGAGGUCGCAAAAUGAGAUAAAAAACUGCUGGCGAUCGCAAAUGACUGCAGUCUCAAAAGUACGUUCGAGAAAACUGGAUUAAAGUUAUGGCUGAAUACUCUGAGAUCGCCACAAUAGCACUGUUGCUUUUUCUGACAUCCUACCUGUGUGAGGUGGAGGGUUUCUGCAGCAACGGCGACACUAAAACAAAAUUACGAAGUAGACUGGACAUAAACCACACACUUGAGGUGUCAUUGUCUAUUACGCCGAGAUGGGACCGUCUAGUCGCAGAAAAUCAAGCUCGGGGCUGUGGUGAGUCGUCAUUUUCAUGCACUUUCAAUUUGCGUUGUAUCGUAUUUUGAAGGCAUUAAACAUUACCAUAGCGAUCAGUGUUGCGGCCAGAUUAGACGCUCCUUGUGUUUAUUAUUAUAUUUCGAAAACACUACAGUUUUGAUGCAGCUCAUACCAUAUUUUGUUGUAUUAAUCCGCCACAUUUUAAAUGCCGGUCCCUGAAAAUAUUGUCUGACAUAAACCGGUCCUUGGGGCAAAAAAGGUUGGGGACCCCUGUCUUAAACGAUGUCACAAUUAAAAUAAUCAAAAGACUGAGGACCAGAGCAAGACAGAAAAAACUAGCAUGUGUUUGUGUUGAGAUCGUAGUUCUCUUAUAUAUAUAUAUAUAUAUAUAUAUAUAUAUAUAUAUAUAUAUAUAUAGUAAGCGGAAUCUGACUGUAUGUAUGUAUAUAUAUAUACACACACACACACACACACAGUGUAUGUGUAUAUAGUAUAUAAUAUAUAUAUAUUGUCCGUAACCGACAGUUCGGUUGUUUUGAUUUUGUUCCUUAAAUAUUUGAAAGCAGUAUUUUUAUACAAACAUGAGUUUACAGUCUGUCCACUCUUGCUUGGGAGCUAAAUUUCGGGGUACGGCAAUCCAGUGUGCCACUCCAACUUAGUGACAUUGUACAAAUUCUCUUCCUUACUCGGGCCUAAAAAUCUUUUUGACAUGGGGACACUUAAAAAUCACGUGAAACAUAAUUCAUUGUACAUACAAAUAUUGCUAUGCUAUAGUUCCUGGACAUCUCGGAUGUAUUUCAAUAAUGGAGUAAACAAAUGUCACACUCCUGCCUCAUUUUCAGCUUCAGUUACAAUUUUCUUUUUGUAACAGUUUGAGUGUUGUGGUUUAUGGGGUUCCCUGACAUUUAAGCAUUUAUUUAUUUUUUACUACAGCUUGUAUUUAUUUGUGUGCUGAACAACUGGUCUUCGGAAUAGCCAUCUGAAAGAGCUAGGUCAAAUGACAUUUGCAAAUAUUUUUGGACAAAGUUGUUAGGCUUCUUAAUAGUGGCUCUGGUUUAAUGGUCAAGCCAGUUGCAGGAAGCUGUCUGAACACAUUUAGCACUGAUUUCACUGAUGCAAUGAAAGCUACAUAUCUGGUUCUGCACACCGGUUCAAAUGAUCAAUUUAUCUACAUUACCUGUGUAAAUAACAUGUUUAAAUGGCGCAAUGCAGUUGAUGUUGUGUGUACAGUAUUUUGGGAUGUAUUGUGCUGUGAUUAACCUGCUAUCGCCUCAGGUGAAUGUGAUAAUGUUUAUAUUUGUAAAUUCAAAAGCUCAGUGCUAAGAUGCAUUAAAAGACUUCCAUUUGUACCAUGAA